AUGCCUCCAACAAGCGGCCAUAUCCCGUUGAUAGAGGCUUAUUUCUGCUGUAUAAUGUUCGAAGUGUGGGCAUCUGUUGUAUGCACAAUGUUCACAUUGAAUUUUCACCACAGGACGCCAGAAAGACAUAACGCAAUGAGGCCGCUGACAAAGAAGAUAAUGCUUGAAUGGUUGCCAUCACUAGUCUUCAUGAAACGCCCCCUUCCUUUCAGUCUUGAAAAGCCAAAUGGUGUUGCAUAUAAUUGCAACAUUGAUAAAAAGAAGUUCAAAACGAGCUAUACGAGCCCGACGUCCUCUGACUUCUUUUUUGACCUUCUACAAGUAUGUCAGAUAAGAACAGCGGGCAAUUUGGCAGGCUCUAAGAUGUUUUCACAAGACUCCUGGGCACACAACUAUAUGGCUGUGCAAAAAAGACUUUCAUCACACUCGAUGGGCAUUUAUGAUUGCUCUGAACUAUGUCAAGUUCCAGAAAAUGGCAGACGGAGUUCUUGCGUAGAUAUAAUGAGAUACAAGAACGCCCUCCAUCCAAUGGUGCAUGUCCUGGGUGAUGCGUUAGAUGACCGGCAAUUUACAAGUAUCAUGAAAGAGCUAUGCGUUAUCUCGUCGCACGUCAGAAAAGAGGAAUUAAUGCACGACCAACAGGCUGAUUGGAUGUUUGCAGCCAUGGUGCUGGAUCGUCUAUGGAUGGGCUUCGCAAAUAUCACUCAGACUUGUGUGGUUGAAUCAAAAGUGUCAAAUAUAAAACUGAUACCUAUAGUGAAUGCUGACGAGACCAAGUACUAUGUAUUUAGCGAUAAUAUAUGUCCUGAAGGUUUUGAUCCAAAUGUGAUUGUCUCAUUUGGAAUUGGUGGUAAUGUCAAAGCCGAACUUGCACUGAAGGCGAACCACCUAACAAUCCACAUAUUGAAGGAAGGGGUAGUUUUACUAGAAGAGCUCGAGAUUCUCGCAUUUUGGAGCAACCGAAGUAUACUGGGCACCAUAAUUAGAAUUGCUCGAGGGGGAGCAAUAAUAGGAUGA